GUGAUUCGUACCUUCCGAUCCCCUGAAGUACAUACUCUUGUCAGAUAGAUGCGCGCUCUCACGUACACACACCGUGACCGGAGGAGAGAUUCCGUUUCCGAAGGUUGCGCACCGCUUUAUCCACCAACACCAUCAACCACCACGACACCUGUUCGUACCAAAUUCAAUCAAUAAUCUGAUCCUCAAUUCUCAUUUCCUCUUCCUAUUGAACCUGAUAAUCGGAAGAGAGUAAAAACAUUUCACUUCAUUUCUUUUACGGAUCCAGAACACCGUUUGUUUUCCGAUCGUCAAUUCAUGACAGGUCGUGUUGUUGCAUUUUGGCCGCCGCCGUGUUAAUUUAACGGAAGAGAGAUUACAUCAUUUUUCACCUUUACGCGUUGAUCUUAGCACCAAUGACUAGCGCUAGCGGUAACAAAUUAAUCACUGUCGAUCCUGAAGAGCUCAGGUUUCAAUUUGAACUGGAGAAAGCAAGCCAUUGCGAUUUGAAAGUCUCCAAUGCCACAGACAAACAUGUUGCCUUUAAGGUCAAAACUACUUCACCCAAGAAAUACUUUGUACGACCAAAUACUGGUGUUAUACAGCCCAGGGAUACAAGUGUCAUAAGAGUUACCCUUCAACCACAACUUGAGUACCCUCCAGAUAUGCUAUGCAAAGAUAAAUUUCUUCUACAAAGCACCCCUGUGCCCUCAAUCACUGACACUGAAGAGCUUCCUGCAAAUACUUUUAGUAAGGAACCUGGUAAACACUUAGAGGAAUGCAAGCUUAAGGUCGUGUAUAUCGCUCUUCAGGGGAAUAACAAUUCCGGUGAUGCUCCCAAACAGAAUUCCGAUCCUAACUCUAAUCAAGCAAUUCAGACUGCAAGAGCUGCUAGGGAUUCAGCUGUGAGAGAAGCAACCCAGCUGCAACAAGAACUGGAAAUGCUAAAGAAAAAGAACCAAAAACCAGCUCCAGCAGCAGCUGGAUUCUCGUUAAAACUGGCGAUAGUUGCUGGAAUUAUUGGGAUACUGGUUGGGUUUAUUUUAAAGCUGGCUAUGGCUUCACCUACAUCACCGCUGCCAACACCGCCACCAUCCCCCGCCAUAACAGAAUAAUUCCGGUCGCUCUUUCUUUUGAAAUCUACAAAAAUGAUGGAUGAUGAUGAUGAUGAUUU